AUGUCAAGGGCUGCCAUACUUAUCAAGGAUUUGGUGAAAGGCAAUCAAGUCUGGAAGAUGCAAAUAAGGGUUGUUGAUUUGUGGGUUAUUAAGGAGAAAACAGGGCAACAACACCUUGAGUGUGUCAUUCAGGAUGUAAAGGGUGAUCAGAUUCACGUAAUCACGAGAAGCCGAGACUUCAAAGAGUGGAUUGAUCAAGUCAAAGAAAAUGAAACAUAUUCUCUUUACAAUGGAGAGCCGGUUGUUAAUGAUGGACCCUUCAAAGUUUGUGCAAACCCACUCAAACUUCUAUUCAAUGGAGGGACUACCGUGACAAAUGUGGCGUUUCCCGAAAUACCGCUUCACAAAUACAACUUUCAACCUAUCGAAAACUUUCUCAAAGGAAGCAUCAAGCAUGAUAUGUUAUACGAUGUCAUAGGUGUUUUACAGGAUGUGCUUCGGACGCAAGUGGGAGGAGGUGGUAGGAAGUCCUGCGCUAAUAUCACUUUGCGUGAUAUCGAAGGAAAUGUUAUAGAGGUUGUCUUAUGGGGUGAUUACUGCAAGCAAUUCUUGAGCUACAAUACCCCUGGAAAAAUGGCUGGCCCUACUAUUAUCAUCUUGACACAUGCGUGGUGCAAGCCAAACACAGUUUCUGGUGUACCAAUGCUCUCUAAUGCAUGGAACGGUUCACGACUUCACAUAAACUUGGAACAUCCACAAGUGGAAGAAUUCAGAGCUAGCUUUGGAGAAAAUGAAUUAUCCAAUGCUCCUGAUUUUUCCCUGUCCUUAACCUUUGAUUCAUCCCUUCAAUCCUCUAACAACAAUUGGAAGAGCCUCGACGAGGUCAAAAGCAUCCGUGAUAUCGCUGCGUUAGGAAAGAAGGAAAAGGAGAGCUAA